UCCAACGAUAGUACCAACGAUAUAAGCAUGUGCAGCAGUACAAGUAGUACAGGAAGUCUGACUGCUGCCAAUCUAGUACCGUCUUCAUUAGCCCAACUGCAGCUGCAGACGUCGCAACAUCAACAUCAUCAACAGCAACAAUUGCAUACAACAGCACAACAACAGCAGCAGCAACAUCAACAAGCAAUACACAAUACAGCAACUCAACAACGACAAAUAUUGGUGGAUUCUAAUGGACAAAUCAUUGGCAACUUUUUGGUACAACAACAGCCCACGAAUCAACACCAUCAAACUCAGGCAGCCACACAACCAACCCAACAACAGCAACAUCUACAGCAUCAACAACAACAACAACAGCAGCAGUUAUUGCAACAAGCAGCUCAACAAUUUAGCUUUCAACAGCAACAUCAGAGCCAAACAACACCUAAUCAACAAACCAAUUCAGUGGCCGCCUUAGCGGCAGCCCAACAACAGAAUUCGGUUGCAUUUGCGGCAGCAGCUGCCGCUAGACAACAGCAAAGGCAACAAUUGGCUCAAAAAAUGUUGCCUCUGGUGAGAAAAACCUUUGAACAUCAAAUGAACACCAAUGGAGCGCAACAUUUUAUAGCAAAUUCCUCACCUCAUAACCCACAACAACAGCAAUUAUCACCACAUCAUCAACACAACAACAACAGCAGCAGACACACCACAACACCAACUACUCUAACGCCUAAAUUCAUUCCCAAACAAUUGAGUAUUAUUUCAAUGCCUCGCGUAGUCCAACAACAGCUACAAUACCCGCACGUAUUGCCGCCUCCACAACAGUUGCCAUUUCCGUCCACUGCCGUCGUGGCCGCCUCCAAUGCAGCCGCUAACACCAUGUACAAUAGCAACAACAGCGCCAGCAGUAACAAUAAUAUAAAUAUCCUUAAAACCGCCUUACCCAUAUCUGGAGUGCCUACGACAAUUGCUCAGCAAAGGUCAGCAGCUAAAGCUUCCUCGGGCAAAGGACGUAAAUCGACUACAAAUAAACUACCACCUGGUGCGGUUAAUCUAGAGCGUAGCUAUCAAAUUUGUCAAGCCGUCAUACAAAAUAGUCCCAAUCGUGAAAAUCUCAAAGCACAAUUAAGACCACCAGCUGCUCUCUUAAGUCAACAGCAGCAGCAACAACAACAACAGCAACAACAACCUCAAAUUAUACACACUACAAAUGCCACUUUGGCAAAAACAUUGCCCGUACCGGUAUCAGUAACCACUUCGGUGACGAACUUAAUAAAAACCCAAGAUGAUGUUGUUGUGAAUAAUGCAAAUAACAACAAUACGGCAGCAACUACGGGUAUGCCAGCAAAUAUAAUGGGUGUGGGAAGACCAGGAGUUUAUAAGGUCAUUGGUCCUCGCAUGGGUUUUCCACGCAAGAAAUACGUACAACGUAAAUCCUCACCCACUUUAAUAAGACACAUUUUCGCCAAUCAAGGCUCUGCAGUGCUGCAAAAUGCCAAUGUUACAACCGUACCAACCUCAGCCGCUGUAACGGGUGGUGGUGGUGCGACCCUUAAUACAGUUGGCGUUGGUCAAAAGGUGACAAUAAUGCAACAACCCUGUGUUUCGCCGGGCCAACAACAGGCGGCGACACAACAUCUAACACAUGUUCAGGCUACCCACGAUAUACAUCACAAUGGCAAUGGCCAGUAUGUACUAGUGCAUCGUGCUAAUGUAGGUGCGGCCGAUAAUCAGGCUCCGCGUGCUUCCAGCGCUCCACCAGUUCCUCAAAAUCAGAAUCAAUUACAUGGUAUGAAUGGUAUUUCUAUAACAGGACGCGGGCGUCCUGCUUCAGUGGAUGUAGAUUUGUUUAAUACACUACAAGACAUGCACAAUAAUACAGUUUGUAAUCCGCCAACAGCAGCAAAUGUCAACAAUACCACACAGAUAGUGAGACGUAAUGUGGCAACCGGCAAUAUAUACAUAGAAGGUAUUGGUGAUACCACUGCCACAGGUCUCGUAGAUGGUAGUGGCAAUUAUGUAGUAACAACUUCACCUGUUCAUGCCACAUCAGCUACAAUAGCAAGUGGUACAGGAGCAGCAGGUGUAGCCAGUCUUCUAGCUGGUGGUAACUUACGAACAAAUCAUCAACAUCUCGAUAUUAGCAGUAACAGUAGUAAUAGCUGUAACAGUAUUGGUAGUGGUAAUAGUCCAACUAACACAUCAGAUGCAAACAAUUGUGCCUGUUCCUUAAAUGCCAUGGUUAUAUGCCAACAAUGUGGAGCCUUUUGUCAUGAUGAUUGUAUAAGUUCAUCGAAAUUAUGCGUAUCCUGUGUGAUUAGAUGAAUUAUUGGCAAAAAUGACAAUAUUAAAAGUGUUAAAACAAAAUGACAACAAUGUCAACAGCAGCAGCAGCAACAUGAAGAAGAAACAGAAGAAAACAGUAUUCGCUCACAUAAUUAUGUAAUUUGUAAAAUACUACGAUAAUUAAUAAUCGCAUUGCGAAAAUGGUUUAAAACAAUAACAUUAUCGCGUACUCAGAAUUUCUAUUAAUAUUUAUAUUUCGGUCUACUUUGUGAAAUUUGUGACUUUUUUUUUAACUCCAACUAAUUUUAACAUUAUUUUUGUUUUGAAUUUAUUUAUUUUUUUGUUAAACCGCCUUUUUUUUGCCCCACGUGAUAAAUUUAACGCAGAUAACGACAGGAUUUUCUGCAUGAUUAAAGUACAUUUCCUCGACUAUAAAAUGGUCUGUAGUCAAGACUAUAGAAUAGUCUGUAGUCAAAACUAUAGCAUAGUCUAUAGUCAAGACUGUAGAAUACACUAUAGUCAAGACUAUAGAAUUGUCUACAGUCAAAACUAUAUAAUAGUCGAUA